AUGGACCCGAGUUACAAGGCUCGCAAGGAGGCCUUCGUGUCGAACUUAUCCGGCAGUGAUAUUUGGGAUAUCAACGCAGUGUCGCUUGUCGCGCCGGCGUCUGUUCUUCUCUGGUCUGCCCUCCAGUCCAGACUAUCUUUCUUCUCGCCCUACGGCCCUGCGGGUCUGCUGACGGACUUCAUCCUCAAUGUCCUGGCCAUCUUGUUUGCGACUACUGCCUACUCCUCCGCGCCAGGACUCCUGAAUAUUUUCCUUAUCUCUCCCGCCGUCCUCCUCUUCCUUACACAAAAUCGUCUGCGCUCUCCACAAAAGGCCAAGCCUCCCCGCAAGUCCAAUGCCAAACGUAUUGAUACGAGGGAGGCAGAGUCCCUGCCUGUUCAUCCAUUUUUGACAACAUAUCGUGCUGCUAUGAUGGUCAUAACCUGCGUCGCUAUCCUCGCUGUCGAUUUCCGUGUUUUUCCGCGCCGAUUUGGAAAGGUUGAGAACUGGGGUACAUCCCUGAUGGAUCUCGGCGUGGGCUCAUUCGUUUUUUCGGCGGGCGUGGUGUCUGCGCGCGCGAUCUUGAAAACACGGGCCUCGAAAUCGCCCAAAAAAGCCUUCUUGACUAGACUGCUCGGCUCAGUGCGGCAUUCGGUCCCUUUGCUCGUGCUUGGGCUGAUUCGCCUUUGGAGUGUCAAGGGACUGGAUUAUGCGGAACAUGUCACGGAAUACGGAGUCCAUUGGAACUUCUUCUUCACACUCGGCUUCUUGCCUCCAUUCGUGGAGAUUUUUGAUACACUGUCAACGUUCAUCCCAUCCUACGAAGCGCUGGCAAUGGGCAUCUGUAUUUUGUACCAGGUCGUUCUCGAAUCGACAGACCUGAAGAGCUGGAUUUUGAUAUCUCCUCGCGGAUCGGAUCUGAUCUCCAAAAAUCGCGAAGGGAUCUUUUCGUUUGUGGGAUAUCUUGCGAUCUUCUUGGCUGGCCGAGGUGUAGGAAUUCGCAUCAUCCCCCGUGGAAACUCGGUAAACAAGACUGCACAACAGGGACGGAAUUCCGUUUUGACGAGCCUCGGACUUCAGGCGGCCUUUUGGUCAACCAUGUUCUUCUUCAACUCCACCUAUGCAUUUGGCUACGGUGCGAACAUCAUGGUCUCACGUCGCCUUGCCAAUAUGCCGUAUGUUCUCUGGGUUGCGGCCUUCAAUAGUGUCCAGCUUCUGCUGUUCUGCCUGAUCGAGACAGUGUUCUUCCCGUCCGUUCACCGAUCGAUUGGCAAAGAAGCUGAAGAGGAGCAGAGAUUUGCGACCAGUCGUAUUCUGCAAGCCUUUAAUCGCGGAGGGCUGGCAAUUUUCCUGGUUGCUAAUCUGCUCACAGGAGUGGUGAACCUGAGUGUUCCGACCUUGGAUAUCGAUCACCCAUUAGCUAUGGCCAUUCUCGUUGGAUAUGCGGCGAUUCUAACUGCUCUUGCCCUGGGCAUGGACAAGUUUAAUAUCAAGCUGCGACUGUAG